AUGUCGACGCCGAAUUUGAAGUUUGAGCAAUCCCCGGCAGAGUCUCUCGCUGAAUCAUUCACCUCAACUCCCGGUCAACAAUAUACUUCACUAUUUCAUCCACAUCAAAGUAUGGAGCCAAUGCAAGCCUUGACUCCGCAAUCUUUCGAUGAUGAUAGCAUGUUUGGAGAUGACAUGACUGGGGAGAUGGGUGGAAGUUUAGCUGGUACACCUGCACCAGAGAAGAAACCGGUAAAGAAGAGAAAGUCUUGGGGUCAGCAAUUACCUGAACCCAAGACCAACCUACCUCCUAGAAAACGAGCAAAGACAGAAGAUGAGAAGGAACAACGUCGAGUCGAAAGAGUCCUUCGAAAUCGUCGAGCAGCUCAAACAUCGAGAGAGAGAAAGAGACAAGAAGUCGAAGCUCUCGAAGCACAAAAACAACAAAUCGAACGUAGAAAUCGUGAUCUGGAAUUACAAUUGGCGAAUAUGGCAUCUAAAUAUGAAGCAGUUCGUCGAAAGCUUGAACAAUUCACCGGUAUGACUGGUGAAAACAUUACAUCAACCUUCACCACCCCAUCCGUCAAUUCCACUCCAAAUCGUUCGGAAACUUUCCACGCCAAAUCUCCAAUCGCUCUCACGAAAGGAUUAUUUGAAUCAGAAGAUUCCUCAAUCCAACCAAUGAUGACACCAAUUAGAGAUACUCACAAUACUAUGCAAUCAGCAAUGGGCACUGUUGAUUUAGCAUCCGUUUCACCUCCACCCAUGGAAUCAACUGAUGAUGGCUCAUUCCGCGCCAGUUCUUUCGAUCAAACUUUCUUUAACGAAAGGGUCGGUCCUAUUGCCGACGCCUUCAGUAAUAACUUUGAUAAUCUGGCUGGCGACAACAUCGGCGCCGCUAACGAUGCCUUAUUCGAGGAUUUCAUUCACCAAGACGAGAUCACACAAUCUGCGCCCGAAGUUCACUCUUCGGAUUCGUUUAUUGAGAAGACUUUUAGCCUGCAGUCCCAACAUGGCGCGUCCUCUUCUGGAUGCGACGUUGGCGGCAAUGCGGUUAUCGUCUAA